GCGCGCUGGAGAAGUGCAGUUCCCCCUAGUUACCAACUCGUUAGUUCUCCCUCCGCGCUGCGGGCGCGGUCGACGAGCACUCACCACAGGCACGGCCGUUCCUCCCGGCAGCGUCUGCGCAGCAGUAACAUCCGCCCGGAGCCAGAGCCGCUGUCGUCCUCCCUCGCCGCUGACAGGCGCCCUCGGGGAGCCCGGGUCAGCGAUGUCAAGCGAGGAAAGCUACCGGGCCAUCCUGCGCUACCUGACGAACGAGUGCGAGCCGUACGCGCCGGGCACCGAGGGCAAUGUCAAGCGCAAAAUCCGCAAGGCGGCCGCCUGCUACGUGGUGCGCGACGGGACCCUGUACUACCAGCGGCGGCAGCGGCACCGCAAGACCUUCGCGGAGUUGGAGGUGGUGCUGCAGCCCGAGCGGCGCUGGGGGCUCAUCGAGGCGGCGCACCUGGGCCCGGGCGGCACUCACCACACCCAGCACCAGACCUGGCACGACUUGUCCAAGACGUACUGGUGGCGAGGUAUAUUAAAGCAAGUCAAAGAUUACAUUAAACAGUGUAGCAAAUGCCAGGAGAAACUAGAUCGCUCCCGUCCAAUAUCAGAUACUUCAGAAAUGUUGGAAGAAUUAGGACUAGACCUUGAAUCUGGAGAAGAAAGUAAUGAAUCAGAGGAUGACCUGAGCAACUUUACUUCAACUCCAACUACAGCCUCCAAGCCUGCAAAAAAGAAGCCAAUAUCUAAACAUGAACUUGUAUUUGUUGACACCAAAGGAGUGGUGAAACGUUCUUCUCCAAAACAUUGUCAGGCUGUGUUAAAGCAACUGAAUGAACAGAGACUCUCCAACCAGUUCUGUGAUGUUACUUUGUUAAUUGAAGGAGAAGAGUACAAAGCUCAUAAAUCUGUUUUGUCAGCUAAUAGUGAAUAUUUUCGAGAUCUUUUUAUUGAGAAAGGAGCUAUUUCCAGUCAUGAGGCAGUGGUGGAUCUUUCUGGUUUCUGUAAAGCAAGCUUCCUCCCUUUACUGGAAUUUGCCUAUACUUCUGUGCUAAGUUUUGAUUUCUGUAGCAUGGCUGAUGUAGCCAUCUUGGCUCGGCAUCUCUUCAUGUCAGAAGUUUUAGAAAUCUGUGAAAGUGUACAUAAACUAAUGGAAGAGAAGCAGCUAACGGUAUAUAAAAAGGGUGAAGUACAAACAGUUGCAUCUACCCAGGACUUACCAGAACAAAACGGAGGUCCAGCACCUCCUGUGGUUAACAAUGAGGGAACCACCACAACUUUACCUACUGACCUUGGGGAUUGUGAAAUUGUACUGUUGGUGAAUGGAGAAGUGCCAGGAACUGAGCAGCAUGGAGAGCUCAGACAGCGGCCCGAGCCCCAGGUCUCCGCAGAGGCUGAAGCUGCUCUGUCACCUUCACCUGCAGGCUGUGCAACUGAUUCUCACCCUGAAAUGGAGUCUGUUGAUUUAGUAACAAAAAACAACCAGACAGAACUAGAAACUUCAAACAGUAGAGAAGGUAGCACAGUUUCUAAUAUUUAUCCUAAACUCUCCAAAGAGAAUGUAGUCAGUGGCUCUCCAGAAAACAGUGAUAUGGGAAAUGAUACAUCAAAUGAGGAUAUCUGUGAUGAAGACAUUCCAGAGCAUAGACAGAACCUUGGCCAAUCUUUAAAAGAUCAGGAAAAUCUAGUUGCAAAGACAGACCUCAGCCCUGAUGAUGAUACUUAUAGAAGCAGGCUUCGACAGCGUUCUAUUAAUGAAGGGGGAUAUAUUCGACUACACAAAGGAAUGGAGAAAAAGCUGCAAAAACGGAAAGCCACUGCCAAGUCAGCAGUUCAGCAGGUAGCCCAGAAAUUAGUUCAAAGAGGAAAAAAGAUGAAACAGCCAAAGAGGGAUGCUAAAGAGAAUACUGAAGAAGAAGCAUCUCAUAAAUGUGGGGAAUGUGGAAUGGUUUUUCAGAGAAGAUACACGCUUAUAAUGCACACACUGAAACAUGAAAGAUCUAGAGAUUACAAAUGCCCGCUGUGUAAAAAACAGUUUCAGUACAGUGCCUCCUUGAGAGCACACCUUAUUCGACAUACCAGAAAAGUUGCACCCUCUUCAUCGUCUUCCAAUUUCACAUCUAAUGAGGCAUCAGGAACAUCGUCUGAGAAGGGCAGAACCAAACGAGAAUUUAUAUGUUCCAUAUGUGGAAGGACAUUACCUAAAUUAUACUCUCUUCGAAUACAUAUGUUAAAGCACACUGGUGUAAAGCCACAUGCAUGCCAGGUCUGUGGAAAGACUUUCAUCUACAAGCAUGGUCUAAAAUUACACCAGAGUCUCCAUCAAUCACAAAAGCAGUUCCAGUGUGAACUAUGUGUUAAGUCAUUUGUUACCAAACGGAGUCUUCAAGAACAUAUGAGUAUUCACACAGGAGAGUCCAAGUACCAUUGCUCAGUUUGUGGAAAGUCUUUUCACAGGGGCUCUGGACUCAGCAAGCACCAAAAGAAGCACCAGCCAAAGCCUGAGGUUCGAGGCUAUCACUGCACUCAAUGUGAAAAAAGUUUCUUUGAAGCUAGAGAUCUUCGUCAGCACAUGAACAAACAUCUUGGUGUGAAGCCAUUCCAGUGCCAAUAUUGUGAUAAGUGCUAUAGUUGGAAGAAAGAUUGGUAUUCCCAUGUGAAAUCUCAUUCUGUCACUGAACCUUACAGAUGUAAUAUAUGUGGCAAAGAAUUUUAUGAAAAAGCAUUGUUCAGAAGGCAUGUAAAGAAAGCUACCCAUGGGAAAAAAGGAAGAGCAAAGCAAAACCUAGAACGGGUGUGUGAAAGAUGUGGAAGAAAAUUCACUCAACUGAGAGAGUAUAGGAGACACAUGAACAAUCAUGAAGGAGUUAAGCCAUUUGAGUGCUUAACAUGUGGAGUGGCUUGGGCUGAUGCCCGAUCUCUAAAACGCCAUGUCAGAACACAUACUGGUGAACGGCCCUAUGUUUGCCCUGUGUGCAGCGAAGCCUACAUAGAUGCUCGGACACUCCGAAAACAUAUGACCAAAUUCCACAGAGAUUAUGUGCCUUGCAAAAUUAUGCUGGAAAAGGAUACCCUUCAGUUUCAUAACCAAGGAACUCAAGUGGAGCAUGCUGUUAGCAUCGUAACAGCAGACAUUCAUGAACAGGAAAGCAGUGAUCCUCAAGAACUUGAGACCGUGGUAGUGACAGGAGAAACUAUGGAAGCUCUUGAAGCCGUUGCAGCUACUGAAGAGUAUCCAUCUGUAUCUACACUCUCUGACCAAAGUAUUAUGCAGGUGGUUAAUUAUGUGUUAGCACAACAGCAAGGACAGAAGUUAUCUGAAGUUGCAGAAGCUAUUCAAACUGUUGAAGUAGAGGUGGCACAUAUUUCAGAAGCAGAAGGAAUAUAGUAAUGGAAAUUUUAAAAAGUGACAUCUCAUGUAUACUGAACUCACAGAACAUUUGUUUACAAUACUAUGUGACUCUCUACCUAGAUUUUGUAUGUGAAGAUUCUGGGCUGUUUGAUGAUGUUUUAACAUUUCUGAUUGGUUUGUCCAGCUAAAGUCCAUUUACUGUAAAGAAAUUGAAAAUAUCUGUUUGAUGGCAGUGGUUUAUUAUGGUAUACAUUUUAUGAAUUAAUGUGUGUAAAGGAUUAUAGUAAAUGAAAAACUGUACAGUUUCAUUUGCAUUUUGACAUUGUUAUAUACUUUGAGUUUAAAAGGCUGCACCAGUAAGCUUUUCUUCUCUUUUGUUCUCAAAAUAUAGAAGAUUUGUGAUUUCAUUUGCCUUUUUAUAGAUUUAAAAUUCUAAUAUAAAGCAUUUUAGUCAGAUGAAUAAGUAUAUUACAUUUUUUAAAUGCUUCAAAUCUGUGAUUCUUGAUUUACUAUUUAUUUUAAGCCCUUAUAAGUCAGGGAUUCUUUAUUUUAUUUUAAAGCACUUAAUGAGUUACAUAUUGUAAUCAAGUUUGCACAGUAUACUUAUCUAUUUGGGGCACCUUUAAAUGAAUAGCUAAUUUUAAAUAUGCCAUUAAAAUGCAUGAAAUGCCUAUUAAAGCCUUACUAUACUCUCUCUUCAAGGCAAGUAAAAGACCAUAAAACAAAGAAUACUGUUAUUAAGCUCUGUUGAUAAAAAAAUUUCUCCUGGAUAACAAUACAUGGGCGGGGGUGGGGUGUGGAAAAAAACUAAUUCUUUUGCUGAAAAAUGAACAAGUUAAAACUAGGUUUGGUUUGUUUGCAGCUUUUGUAUCAUGUUUUCUUUUGUUUGUUGUUUUCUUCCCCGCCCCCCCCCUUUUGUUUUUGUUUUUUUUUGGUAUCAUGUUUAAUUGUUCAAUUUUGUUGAAAAAUUGCAAUUUAGAAAUAGGAUAACAAUGUGGGCAUCUAUGGUGGUCCUGUGGAUAUCAUAUAAUUAAUUGUACAAUAACUUCAGAAUAUUGAAAAGUCUUCAAUUCCGUUCUCAUUAUAGUAUACUACUACUUAAAGUAAUUAUGGUCCACCAAAUUUUUGAAAGUAUAUUAUUAUAAAAAGUUACCUGAGAUUUAAAUUAAUUUGUGUUUUUGAUUUUUAAAUUCCCACCUUAAGCUAUCUUAUUUUUUUAUUUUCUGAUUUUCAAAAUAACCAUUUCUCUCCUCUGGGAAGCUACCACUCAAGCUAUAAUUGUUAAAAUCAAACAUUUAAGUAUUAAAAGCUAAUAUAAGGUAUAAAAUUAAGAUUAUAAGCAAAUCAUAUGUAAAUCAUUCCUAAAGCACAGGAAAAUAAUGUGCCUUGAUGUACAUAUAUUAAGAUACUUAUCCAGUUCACUUUAAAAAUGGCUUCAUAGAUAAAGAAUUAAUGUGAUGCCAUGCAUGCAUUAUACUUGUAUAUGUAAUAUUUGUAUUCGCAAAUUUCCCAUUAUUUCAAUAGUUGUGUGGCUGUCAGUUUUAAGUGAAUUGACACACAAUCUAUAACUCUUAUGAUGGCUGUUUGUUUAUUGUAUCUUUUGGUUAGUGAAAAUGUAUUUCAACCUAAAAUUUGAAAUUGUGUCUUUUAUGUUUCAUUCCCACCAUUGUUAUUAGAUUUAGUUAAUUGUACAUGGCCAUUGAUGUAUGUCAUAAACAUGUAAAUAAAAGAUGUUGAAUCUUGUUUAAAAGCAUAA